ACCCAUCUCUCUCUAUAUAUACACAUGUGUGCUGAAGUUCAGAAAAACAGAAUUAGAUUUUAGGGUUGUGAAACCAAGGAGUCAGCAAAGAAACCUGAAAAUUAUAGGGUUUGUAACAAAAGGAAGAUUUGUUAUCUUAGUGUGUGUGCGCGUUUAUACAUAUAGUAUAUGUAUAUGUUUGCUUGUGUAUUGCUUACUACUACAUAUCAGGUGGUAUAUGAUAUUGCUUGUAUUACGAGCUUCUGGGUUUUUAAUAUUAUGAUAUGGUUGUUGGGUUUACUCCAAAUUGUAUAUUUUAUGGUAUCUUUAUGCUAAAUAUUGUAUUGAUUUCACAUUUACUGUUAAAAUAUGAGAGGUCUGUAGAUACAAGCUGUUAAUUUGGUGCCUUGUUGUUACUGGAGGAAGUGUAGACAAUCAUGGCAGAUGAGGAGCCAAAGCCCCUAGCUUAUAUACCGGAGACGAUAUUGAAGAAAAGAAGGAGCAAUGAAGAGUGGGCAAUUAGAAGGAAACAGCAGUUGGAGCAGAAGAUCAAGAGAAUCAAGGGAGACAAUUUUGUCAUCAAGAAGCCUGAGCAGUUCAUCAAAGAGCAUCGAGACAGGGAAUUGGACCUUAUCCAAAUGAAACACAGGGGAAAGCGACAACUACGGUCAUUGGUCACACCAGAAUCCAAGCUGCUUUUCAUCAUUCGUAUCCGGGGAAAAAAUGACAUGCAUCCAAAAACGAGGAAGUUGUUAUACUCUCUGAGACUCAGGAGAAUCUUCAAUGGUGUCUUUGUGAAGGCAAACGAAAGGGUGAUAGAAAUACUGCAAAAGGUGGAACCAUUCGUUACAUAUGGGUAUCCUAAUCUCAAGAAUGUGAAGGAUCUGAUAUACAAAAAAGGUGUGGUGAAAAUCGACAGGCAGAGAGUUCCUUUAACAGACAAUAACAUUAUCGAACAGGCACUGGGGAAGCAUGGCAUCAUAUGCAUAGAAGGCAUCAUAAAUGAAAUUGCCAAUGUUGGUCCACAUUUUAAGGACAUCAGUAGUUGUUUGUGUCCCUUUAUGCUCAACAAACCAGAGAAAGCAUUGCAAGGGAAGAAAAGGGUAUUCAAGGAUGGGGGAGACACAGGAAAUCGCGAGGAUCGCAUAAAUGAAUUGAUGGGCAAGAUGAAUUAGCAUAAAGAAAAAGAAAGAGUCUUACAUGAGAUCAUAUUUUUAGGUAGUUCAUGGCUUGCAUUUUGACCUCGAAUAACCUGUGGUGGCAUGUAUUUCAGUUUUGAUAUAAUCAUUUAUCUUGGUAUUUUAGUUGUAGAAGUAGUGUGACAGUUGAUAGUUUUAAGUGUAGAAUUGUGAUCUAAUUAGUUUCUAGUGUCUAAAUACUGCAAUUAUCGAAGUUAAACAUGAGAUUAUUUUUCCCGUUCA